AUGGAAAAUCCGGCCUUUGAUACCUCUACGCCCACUCCUGAAUACACAUAUCAACCACUCGACACGCCUCUUACAAUAAGGCUGUUGCUGAUAUACCCCGCACCAGAAGACUCUCUACAACCUAUACGUGCUUGUCUUACAGAAACCUCAUUACACAAUCCCGAGCCUUACAAUGCUGUCUCAUACUCGUGGGCCACCGAGGAUGGGGAUGACUCGCGGUCUCAACAAGUGAUAUGUAACGAUGCAUAUAUCAAAAUCACUAAAAAUUGCGAAGCUGCCCUUCGGCGGUUUCGACACCAUCACGAAACGACAGUACUAUGGGUGGAUGCUAUCUGCAUUGACCAGUCGAAUCUUGUGGAGAGGAGUCAGCAAGUUCUGCUGAUGAAAGUAAUAUAUUCGAAAGCGGAAGCGGUUCUCGUAUGGCUCGGCGAGGCAUCCAGUGACGGUUGUAACAAUGACGACUCGAACAUUGACACGGAUCAAUUCGGAUCGCAUACGGAUGUGGCUAUUGAAUAUAUGAAAAUGGUAGUAGGCUCACCGCCUCGCGAUGAAAAUUUCUCUGUAUGUGAGGACGGGGUUACUCCAGUGGGCGAUGAUGUUACGCUUGUCUAUGGAUUUCCAGUCCUAAGUUUAACUGAAUCUGAAGCCAAUUAUCUAAACAAAGGGUCGCCGAUGUACCUCGGUCUUCAUUCUUUUUUUUCCCGGCGUUGGUGGAGGCGUAUUUGGGUUCUCCAAGAAGCAUCUCUUAAUUCUGAAUGCCUUUUCUUUUGCGGGCAGAUGGUAAUAAAUCGGAGUGAGGUUGAUCAUUCUCUCAUGAUAUUCGCCGCGUGCCCGAGAGUCGAUGUCCAUAGAUUCAUCGGUAUCCCAUCUGCACAUAUUACUGUGAGAGUCAGAUUACAAGAGAGCUCCGACCGGAGCAUGUAUCAUCAGCCAAAGCUGCAUACCUUAUUGCAGGACACACGCCACCUUCGCAGCUCUGACCUACGAGACAAGGUUAUUGCUUUAAUGGGGCUUGUCCAGGAGGAAGAAUGGCUGCUGCCUCCUCCAGACUAUGGCAAGAGCGCUGCACUAAUAUUUGCAGAAGUUGUGGAGAACUUGGUCGACAAUACCCACUCUCUUGAUAUUCUUCACGACUGCACCGGAAUUUCGAACAUUCAUGGUCUCCCAUCUUGGGCACCCGACUGGUCUGUCAAGACGUCAAAAAUCAUUAAACCAAAGCAUUACAACGCUUCUAAGGGGUCAGCAGCCGAAAAUGUCAGCUUUGAGGAGCAUAUUUACUUUAAAGUUCAAGGGAAAUUAUUCUCGGGCAUCACUCACGUCGAAAACGGCGUCAAAUAUGCACCACAUGUUAGCAGAAGAGCAUACGAAGCAAACAGCAUAACUGACUGGAGGAGCUUUUGUCGACUUGGACUGUCCUUGACGAGUUAUCCCACAGGGGAAUCUGCUUCCGAGGUCCUCUGGCGGACCAUGUGCGCGAACGUCGUCAAUGGAAAGUACCCAGCAGAAAAUGACACUGUGUUUAGUUAUCAAUCGUGGUACAAGGCUCUUCUCCGUGGGGGGGAUUUUGUUCGUGAGAUGGUUGCAGAGGAAGUUUCUCCAGUAUAUUAUGAUCGUGUCCGAGCAUUUACACGAGGAAGAACUUUAUGCACUACGUCAAAUGGAUAUCUGGCACUCGUACCGGCAGAAGCACUUACUGGAGAUCGUAUCGCUAUAUUUGCUGGUGGACGGGCACCGUUUGUUUUAAGACCUUUUGGGAGUAAAUUCAAAUUGAUAGGAGCUUGCUAUGUUCACGGUAUCAUGGACGGGGAAGCGUUUUCUGAAGAUGACUUGGAGUUGCAGAGUAUCAAAUUAUGCUAG